AUGGCGGGUCAACAAGGAGGCAGCGGCUUACCUCCGACCUCGCCUCUCACCAUUCCCAUCCCGACCCCUCAUCACGGCGGCUCUCCCUCCUUCACUAGCCCUUCCAUUGAUCCCAGCCUCGCGAAUAAUCAUAAUCUCUACCGCAGCGGGAGCGCCGCCGGGGGCUCGCCAGCCAUGGCGGCUUCCCGCGCUCCGCCAGCUUCCGACGACGAGCAGUCGCUGCUAGCCGGAGCCAAGGAGAUGGAGGCCGCCAUAUCCGCGUUAUUGCACGACCCGGAUUUAACAAAGCGUCAAGCCGCGAACGACUGGCUGAAUACCUAUUGCGGGCAGCCCGUGGUGUGGACCGUUGUCCUGUACUUAGCGUUCCCGCCGCCAGGAGCGGGCGUGGGCGGCGCGGCGGACGUUAGAUUCUUCGCGCUGAACAUCCUCCUAAAUAAGAUGCGGUCCGACUGGGGUCAGCUGUCGCCGGAAGAUGCGGCGGAGAUUUUCGAGACGCUGGUACGGCAACUGCCGGCCGCGCUGGCGCCGGGCAUGGAUCCCGUGGUGCGAUCGCGGCUGUGCAUCGUCAUCGGCGCGGCUGCUGCUCUAGCGGGCCCCAACACCUCCCCUCCCGUCCCUCCCUCUCUUCCCCCUGGUUCUCUCGUGUUGCUUUUCCCCGCGUCCCUCCCCCCCCACCCUCCCCCCUCGCCGCGCGCUCACCCUUCCCCCGGCCUGCGCGCGCGGCAGCUGAUGGAGGCGGUGGAGAGGCAGGCGGAGUAUGGGGUGGCGGUAGAACUGCUCACAGCGCUGGCGGAAGAGGCACUGCUGCGCGCACGGGCGCACCCGAGAGAGGUGAUGGAGUGUCUGCAGGACUGCUGUCCCAAGGUGAUUCGUCUGCUGGAGCGCGCGCUCACGUCCUCUGUGGCGGACACCCUGCCCCCUGACACUAUUUCCAAGAGCCUCACCUGCCUCGCCCGAUGGAAGCAAGCCGGGCUGACACUAUCAGAGCUACAUCGGGAGCACGCGCCCCUGCACCAGGCGCUGCUGCUGGCGCUGGCAUCGCAGCACAGUGCGGUGCAGGAGGCAGCAGUGGGCGUGCUAUCAGAGCUGCUGCUGGAGGUGGAUAUACUGCCCGGCAGGGACGAGGCUGUCAAGGCCACCAUCCAGGGGCUACUCGCUCUAAGGGGCGGCCCGCACGACAGCACAGACAGCCCGAUAGUCCCGCUAGUAGCGGCAAUCGGGACGUCAGAAGCAGGGCUGCUGUCAAGUGGCGGCGACAUGGAGAUGCGCCUCCUGCAGUGGCUCGUGCAGCUCACCACAGGAGGCACAUCCGGGGGAGGCACCACUGCUGCUGCGAAAGCUGCCGCGGGUGCUGCUGGUGGCGCGGCGGCGGGUGGAGGAGGAGGAGCAGGUGAAGGGGGUGGGGGGGGAGCGGGGGAGGAGGAGGAGAGGGUGAUGGACACGGCAGCGAUGGCUGCUGAGGUGUGGCCCAAGGUGGCUAAAGUGCCUAAGAAAAGGAGAGCUCCUGCGCUGCAAUCAGGAGAGCUCUUUUCGGCUGUGCUGCAGGCGGUGCUGUCAGCGAGCACGUACCCACGCACGUCUCUGGACGACAUCGGUGUUGACCCAGACGACUUCCUGCGGUAUCGGGAAGGGCCAGCAGCAGAGGCGUUAGAGGCGUGCUAUCUGGAGCUGGGAGCGGUGUUCCUCGACCAUGUGUCCAUGCUGCUGCGCUCCGCUGCGUCCUGGCAAGCAGCAGAGGUCGCACUCUUUGCUGCUGGCGCCGCCAGUGGCGCGAUCUUGGACCGGGCGGGGGUGGGGAAGCAGGGAACGGGAGGGGGAGGAGGGAGGGGAGGGGAGGAAGGGGUGUCGGAGAGUGAGACGAACGCUGCUCGUGUGUUUCUGUCGUCGCUGUUUGCUUCCUUGCCGGGCUCGGCUGCUGUUAUUGCCAAAGACUCUGCCAACAUUCCCCCAGCAGCGCUGGUGGCAACGGCAAUGCACACAGUGGCAGCUUUUGCACCCUUCUGCGCGCACCACCCACCUGCCCUCGAGGCCGGGGUGCUCUAUGCUGUCGCCGCCCUCCACAUACCCAACGCCACGGGAAAAGCAGCAGCGGCGCUGCAAAGCCUGUGCGAUGCAGCGGCGCCCAACCUGGCAGCAGCGCGCGUGCUGGCGCCACUCAUGCAGUCCUGCGAGGAGGCCCUCGCUGCCGCCGCUGCAGCGCGGGGCGGGGCGGGCAUGGACGUGGGCGACAGAGUGGCAGUGGUGGCGGGAUUGGCGGCAGUGGCAGCGAUGAUGCCACAACAGGAGGCCCAGCCUGCCCUGGCGAGGCUUGCGGCACCUGCGGUGAAUACUGUGCAGCAGCUCGCGCCCAUGCAGGACGCCUCGCCCUACUCGCAAGCGCUGCUCUCUGCAGACCUGAGAGUGAUCGCAGCCAUUGUGUCCACCGUGGGGGACAAGCUCCAUGCCGCUGCUCUCGCCUCCGCUGAAUCAAGCGCAGCAGGCUCUGCCGCCGUCGCCACUGGUGUGUCGAGUCCUGGUGGGUCACCCGCAGCAGCGGGAGGCGCAGCAGCAGGAGCAGCAGGAGGAGGAGCAGGAGGGAGCGGGGGAGCGGAGGCGCUGCUGCUGCCGCUGCUGCAGGGCGCAUGGCCGUCAUUUGACCUGGUGGCAGCGCGGUGGGCGGACGAUGCAGUGGUGGGGGCAGCGCUGUGUGGGCUAUGGGGGGCCACGGCACGGGCUGUUGGAGGGCAGCUAGCACCGGUGCUGCCGCAGGUGAUCGGCGCUGCUGGGGGGAUGUUUCAACGCCACCUGCAUGCCGCUUGCCUCAAGUGCCUUGCUGAUAUCCCCUCCCAGAAUACUCCAAGUGGUGUCCACUCCACUCCUCCUGAAAACGCACCCCCGCUCUUCCCAUCCUCCCGCAUGUGUGGCUCAUCAGAUCAUGUCCAUGCUGCAGAUACUGUUGCUGCCGCGAGUGGGAGCACGGGCAUCACCCGAGGUGGCUCGGAUUCAGCCACACCCCCGCCCCCUUCAUUCCCCCUUGUUCCUCUGUCUCCCCCCUUCCCCUCCCCGCCUCAGAUCGUGUCGAUGCCGCGGGUGGGAGCGCGGGCAUCACCCGAGGUGCAAGCGAGCCUGGCGGGCAUUCCAGACAAGCUCGCGGCAGCACUGACCGUUCUCCAAGAAACCAUCACCCGCACAGACAAAGGCACCAAGUCCCUGCACAGACAUUCCAGACCAGAAGGGCAGCCGGGGCAGGGGCAGCAGGGGCAAGGGCAAGGGGGGCAGCAGGGGCAAGGGCAAGGGCAGGGGCAGGGGCGGUUGUCGCAGCAGGAGCAGGAGCAGCACGCGCGUGCGCUGGAGACGCUGCAGGCGUUGUGGGAUGUGGCGCGGGCGUUUGUGGCGCAUGCGCCCGAGCUGCUGCUGCCCUCCCCCACGUUCCUCCUGCUCUCCCAAAGCGCCGUCGCGUGCAUAUCAUGGGCGGAUUCAGAGGCAGUGGAGGCAGCAGCGGCGUUCCUAGCGGAGACGAUAGUGGGGCAGUCGCUGCUGCACGUGCGCCAGAUGGCGCCAGAGGCGCUCGCCCUCGCUGCCACACUGCCAGGCUCGUGGGUCGUGCCGCCCGGGCUCAGAGGCGCAGUGGAUGAGAUGAGCCGGCAGCUAGGAGGGGCCAUUGUGCAGGAGGUGCUAUCAGCGGUGGCCAAGGGGGCAGUGGGGCACGAGGCAGAGGCAGCCUUGGCAGACGUGCUCAAUGCACUCUGCUGCACGCACCCCCGCGAGUGUGAGGCUGCCAUCAUCGCCACUCUCUCCGGGCCCGCCUCGCCCUGCCGCCGCGCCGAGCUCUCUCCCCGGCAUAUCGAGCUCUUUGUUGCAGCAGCCACACGCCAGCCGCCUCACCCCCGCCGCCGGUUCCACUCGCUUUGCCUACCUCGCGACCCUCGCCCAUGCUUUCUCCGCCCACCGCCCUCGCCCCGCCCGUCGCCCUCGCCGCCUCGCCGCCCGUCGACCUCGGUUCCCUCGCCCAUCGCUCCCGCUUCCCCCGCCCGUCGCUCUCGCUUUCCCCGCCUACACCCUCGCCUCGCCUGUCGGCCUCGCCGCUUCCCCGCCCGUCGCCCUCGCUUCCGCCCGUCGCCCUCCCUUCCGCCCGUCACCCUCCCUUCCGCCCGUCGCCCUCCCUUCCGCCCGCCGCCCUUCCUUCCUGCUUCCCCCCGUCCCCUUCCUGCUUCCCCCCGUCCCCUUCCUGCUUCCCCCCGUCCCCUUCCUGCUUCCCCCCGUCCCCUUCCUGCUUCCCCGUCCCCUUCCUGCUUCCCCCCGUCCCCUUCCUGCUUCCCCCCGUCCCCUUCCUGCUUCCCCCCGUCCCCUUCCUGCUUCCCCCCGUCCCCUUCCUGCUUCCCCCCGUCCCCUUCCUGCUUCCCCCCGUCCCCUUCCUGCUUCCCCCGUCCCCUUCCUGCUUCCCCCCGUCCCUUCCUGCUUCCCCCCGUCCCCUUCCUGCUUCCCCCCGUCCCCUUCCUGCUUCCCCCCGUCCCCUUCCUGCUAUCCCCCCGUCCCCUUCCUGCUUCCCCCCGUCCCCUUCCUGCUUCCCCCGUCCCUUCCUGCUUCCCCCGUCCCCUUCCUGCUUCCCCCCGUCCCCUUCCUGCUUCCCCCCGUCCCCUUCCUGCUUCCCCCCGUCCCCUUCCUGCUUCCCCCCGUCCCCUUCCUGCUUCCCCCCGUCCCCUUCCUGCUUCCCCCCGUCCCCUUCCUGCUUCCCCCCGUCCCCUUCCUGCUUCCCCCCGUCCCCUUCCUGCUUCCCCCGUCCCUUCCUGCUUCCCCCGUCCCCUUCCUGCUUCCCCCCGUCCCCUUCCUGCUUCCCCCCGUCCCCUUCCUGCUUCCCCCCGUCCCCUUCCUGCUUCCCCCCGUCCCCUUCCUGCUUCCCCCCGUCCCCUUCCUGCUUCCCCCCGUCCCCUUCCUGCUUCCCCCCGUCCCCUUCCUGCUUCCCCCCGUCCCCUUCCUGCUUCCCCCCGUCCCCUUCCUGCUUCCCCCCGUCCCCUUCCUGCUUCCCCCCGUCCCCUUCCUGCUUCCCCCCGUCCCCUUCCUGCUUCCCCCCGUCCCCUUCCUGCUUCCCCCCGUCCCCUUCCUGCUUCCCCCCGUCCCCUUCCUGCUUCCCCCCGUCCCCUUCCUGCUUCCCCCCGUCCCCUUCCUGCUUCCCCCCGUCCCUUCCUGCUUCCCCCCGUCCCCUUCCUGCUUCCCCCCGUCCCCUUCCUGCUUCCCCCCGUCCCCUUCCUGCUUCCCCCCGUCCCCUUCCUGCUUCCCCCCGUCCCCUUCCUGCUUCCCCCCGUCCCCUUCCUGCUUCCCCCCGUCCCCUUCCUGCUUCCCCCCGUCCCCUUCCUGCUUCCCCCCGUCCCCUUCCUGCUUCCCCCCGUCCCCUUCCUGCUUCCCCCCGUCCCCUUCCUGCUUCCCCCCCGUCCCCUUCCUGCUUCCCCCCGUCCCCUUCCUGCUUCCCCCCGUCCCCUUCCUGCUUCCCCCCGUCCCCUUCCUGCUUCCCCCCGUCCCCUUCCUGCUUCCCCCCGUCCCCUUCCUGCUUCCCCCCGUCCCCUUCCUGCUUCCCCCCGUCCCCUUCCUGCUUCCCCCCGUCCCCUUCCUGCUUCCCCCCGUCCCCUUCCUGCUUCCCCCCGUCCCCUUCCUGCUUCCCCCCGUCCCCUUCCUGCUUCCCCCCGUCCCCUUCCUGCUUCCCCCCGUCCCCUUCCUGCUUCCCCCCGUCCCCUUCCUGCUUCCCCCCGUCCCCUUCCUGCUUCCCCCCGUCCCCUUCCUGCUUCCCCCCGUCCCCUUCCUGCUUCCCCCCGUCCCCUUCCUGCUUCCCCCCGUCCCUUCCUGCUUCCCCCCGUCCCCUUCCUGCUUCCCCCCGUCCCCUUCCUGCUUCCCCCCGUCCCCUUCCUGCUUCCCCCCGUCCCUUCCUGCUUCCCCCCGUCCCCUUCCUGCUUCCCCCCGUCCCCUUCCUGCUUCCCCCGUCCCCUUCCUGCUUCCCCCCGUCCCCUUCCUGCUUCCCCCCGUCCCCUUCCUGCUUCCCCCCGUCCCCUUCCUGCUUCCCCCCGUCCCCUUCCUGCUUCCCCCCGUCCCCUUCCUGCUUCCCCCCGUCCCCUUCCUGCUUCCCCCCGUCCCCUUCCUGCUUCCCCCCGUCCCCUUCCUGCUUCCCCCCGUCCCCUUCCUGCUUCCCCCCGUCCCCUUCCUGCUUCCCCCCGUCCCCUUCCUGCUUCCCCCCGUCCCCUUCCUGCUUCCCCCCGUCCCCUUCCUGCUUCCCCCCGUCCCCUUCCUGCUUCCCCCCGUCCCCUUCCUGCUUCCCCCCGUCCCCUUCCUGCUUCCCCCCGUCCCCUUCCUGCUUCCCCCCGUCCCCUUCCUGCUUCCCCCCGUCCCCUUCCUGCUUCCCCCCGUCCCCUUCCUGCUUCCCCCCGUCCCCUUCCUGCUUCCCCCCCGUCCCCUUCCUGCUUCCCCCGUCCCCUUCCUGCUUCCCCCCGUCCCCUUCCUGCUUCCCCCCGUCCCCUUCCUGCUUCCUCCCCCCGUCCCCUUCCUGCUUCCCCCGUCCCCUUCCUGCUUCCCCCCCGUCCCCUUCCUGCUUCCCCCCGUCCCCUUCCUGCUUCCCCCUUCCCCUUCCUGACUAUCCCCCGUCCACCUUCCUGCUUCCCCCCGUCCCGCUUCCUGCUUCCCCCCGUCCCCUUCCUGCUUCCCCCCGUCCCCUUCCUGCUUCCCCCCGUCCCCUUCCUGCUUCCCCCGUCCCCUUCCUGCUUCCCCCCGUCCCCUUCCUGCUUCCCCCCCGUCCCCCUUCCUGCUUCCCCCCGUCCCCUUCCUGCUUCCCCCGUCCCCUUCCUGCUUCCCCCCGUCCCCUUCCUGCUUCCCCCCCGUCCCCUUCCUGCUUCCCCCCGUCCCCUUCCUGCUUCCCCCCCGUCCCCUUCCUGCUUCCCCCCCGUCCCCUUCCUGCUUCCCCCCGUCCCCUUCCUGCUUCCCCCCGUCCCCUUCCUGCUUCCCCCCCGUCCCCUUCCUGCUUCCCCCGUCCCCUUCCUGCUUCCCCCCAUCCCCUUCCUGCUUCCCCCCAUCCCCUUCCUGCUUCCCCCCAUCCCCUUCCUGCUUCCCCCCGUCCCCUUCCUGCUUCCCCCCGUCCCCUUCCUGCUUCCCCCCGUCCCCUUCCUGCUUCCCCCCGUCCCUUCCUGCUUCCCCCCGUCCCCUUCCUGCUUCCCCCCGUCCCCUCCCUGCUUCCCCCCGUCCCCUCCCCUGCUUCCCCCCGUCCCCUCCCCUGCUUCCUCCCGUCCCCUCCCUGCUUCCCCCGUCCCCUUCCGUGCUUCCUCCCGUCCCCUCCCCUGCUUCCCCCCAUCCCCUUCCGCGCUUCCUCCCGUCCCCUCCCCUGCUUCCCCCCAUCCCCUCCCCUGCUUCCUCCCGUCCCCUCCCCUGCUUCCCCCCAUCCCCUUCCGUGCUUCCUCCCGUCCCCUCCCCUGCUUCCCCCCGUCCCCUUCCGUGCUUCCUCCCGUCCCCUCCCCUGCUUCCCCCCAUCCCCUUCCGCGCUUCCUCCCGUCCCCUCCCCUGCUUCCCCCCAUCCCCUCCCCUGCUUCCUCCCGUCCCCUCCCCUGCUUCCCCCCAUCCCCUUCCGUGCUUCCUCCCGUCCCCUCCCCUGCUUCCCCCCAUCCCCUUCCGCGCUUCCUCCCGUCCCCUCCCCUGCUUCCCCCCAUCCCCUUCCGUGCUUCCUCCCGUCCCCUCCCCUGCUUCCCCCCAUCCCCUUCCGUGCUUCCUCCCGUCCCCUCCCCUGCUUCCCCCCAUCCCCUUCCGUGCUUCCUCCCGUCCCCUCCCCUGCUUCCCCCCAUCCCCUUCCGUGCUUCCUCCCGUCCCCUCCCCUGCUUCCCCCCAUCCCCUUCCGUGCUUCCUCCCGUCCCUCCCUGCUUCCCCCCAUCCCCUUCCGUGCUUCCUCCCGUCCCCUCCCCUGCUUCCCCCCAUCCCCUUCCGUGCUUCCUCCCGUCCCCUCCCCUGCUUCCCCCCAUCCCCUUCCGUGCUUCCUCCCGUCCCCUCCCCUGCUUCCCCCCAUCCCCUUCCGUGCUUCCUCCCGUCCCCUCCCCUGCUUCCCCCCAUCCCCUUCCGUGCUUCCUCCCGUCCCCUCCCCUGCUUCCCCCCAUCCCCUUCCGUGCUUCCUCCCGUCCCCUCCCCUGCUUCCCCCCAUCCCCUUCCGUGCUUCCUCCCGUCCCCUCCCCUGCUUCCCCCCAUCCCCUUCCGUGCUUCCUCCCGUCCCCUCCCCUGCUUCCCCCCAUCCCCUUCCGUGCUUCCUCCCGUCCCCUCCCCUGCUUCCCCCCAUCCCCUUCCGUGCUUCCUCCCGUCCCCUCCCCUGCUUCCCCCCAUCCCCUUCCGUGCUUCCUCCCGUCCCCUCCCCUGCUUCCCCCCAUCCCCUUCCGUGCUUCCUCCCGUCCCCUCCCCUGCUUCCCCCCAUCCCUUCCGUGCUUCCUCCCGUCCCCUCCCCUGCUUCCCCCCAUCCCCUUCCGUGCUUCCUCCCGUCCCGUCCCCUGCUUCCCCCCAUCCCCUUCCGCGCUUCCUCCCGUCCCCUCCCCUGCUUCCCCCCAUCCCCUUCCGUGCUUCCUCCCGUCCCCUCCCCUGCUUCCCCCCAUCCCCUUCCGUGCUUCCUCCCGUCCCCUCCCCUGCUUCCCCCCAUCCCCUUCCGUGCUUCCUCCCGUCCCCUCCCCUGCUUCCCCCCAUCCCCUUCCGUGCUUCCUCCCGUCCCCUCCCCUGCUUCCCCCCAUCCCCUUCCGUGCUUCCUCCCGUCCCCUCCCCUGCUUCCCCCCAUCCCCUUCCGUGCUUCCUCCCGUCCCCUCCCCUGCUUCCCCCCAUCCCCUUCCGUGCUUCCUCCCGUCCCCUCCCCUGCUUCCCCCCAUCCCCUUCCGCGCUUCCUCCCGUCCCCUCCCCUGCUUCCCCCCAUCCCCUUCCGUGCUUCCUCCCGUCCCCUCCCCUGCUUCCCCCCAUCCCCUUCCGUGCUUCCUCCCGUCCCCUCCCCUGCUUCCCCCCAUCCCCUUCCGCGCUUCCUCCCGUCCCCUCCCCUGCUUCCCCCCAUCCCCUUCCGUGCUUCCUCCCGUCCCCUCCCCUGCUUCCCCCCAUCCCCUUCCGUGCUUCCUCCCGUCCCCUCCCCUGCUUCCCCCCAUCCCCUUCCGUGCUUCCUCCCGUCCCCUCCCCUGCUUCCCCCCAUCCCCUUCCGUGCUUCCUCCCGUCCCCUCCCCUGCUUCCCCCCAUCCCCUUCCGUGCUUCCUCCCGUCCCCUCCCCUGCUUCCCCCCAUCCCCUUCCGUGCUUCCUCCCGUCCCCUCCCCUGCUUCCCCCCAUCCCCUUCCGUGCUUCCUCCCGUCCCCUCCCCUGCUUCCCCCCAUCCCCUUCCGUGCUUCCUCCCGUCCCCUCCCCUGCUUCCCCCCAUCCCCUUCCGUGCUUCCUCCCGUCCCCUCCCCUGCUUCCCCCCAUCCCCUUCCGUGCUUCCUCCCGUCCCCUCCCCUGCUUCCCCCCAUCCCCUUCCGUGCUUCCUCCCGUCCCCUCCCCUGCUUCCCCCCAUCCCCUUCCGUGCUUCCUCCCGUCCCCUCCCCUGCUUCCCCCCAUCCCCUUCCGUGCUUCCUCCCGUCCCCUCCCCUGCUUCCCCCCAUCCCCUUCCGUGCUUCCUCCCGUCCCCUCCCCUGCUUCCCCCCAUCCCCUUCCGUGCUUCCUCCCGUCCCCUCCCCUGCUUCCCCCCAUCCCCUUCCGUGCUUCCUCCCGUCCCCUCCCCUGCUUCCCCCCAUCCCCUUCCGUGCUUCCUCCCGUCCCCUCCCCUGCUUCCCCCCAUCCCCUUCCGUGCUUCCUCCCGUCCCCUCCCCUGCUUCCCCCCAUCCCCUUCCGUGCUUCCUCCCGUCCCCUCCCCUGCUUCCCCCCAUCCCCUUCCGUGCUUCCUCCCGUCCCCUCCCCUGCUUCCCCCCAUCCCCUUCCGUGCUUCCUCCCGUCCCCUCCCCUGCUUCCCCCCAUCCCCUUCCGCGCUUCCUCCCGUCCCCUCCCCUGCUUCCCCCCAUCCCCUUCCGUGCUUCCUCCCGUCCCCUCCCCUGCUUCCCCCCAUCCCCUUCCGUGCUUCCUCCCGUCCCCUCCCCUGCUUCCCCCCAUCCCCUUCCGCGCUUCCUCCCGUCCCCUCCCCUGCUUCCCCCCAUCCCCUUCCGUGCUUCCUCCCGUCCCCUCCCCUGCUUCCCCCCAUCCCCUUCCGUGCUUCCUCCCGUCCCCUCCCCUGCUUCCCCCCAUCCCCUUCCGUGCUUCCUCCCGUCCCCUCCCCUGCUUCCCCCCAUCCCCUUCCGUGCUUCCUCCCGUCCCCUCCCCUGCUUCCCCCCAUCCCCUUCCGUGCUUCCUCCCGUCCCCUCCCCUGCUUCCCCCCAUCCCCUUCCGUGCUUCCUCCCGUUCCCUCCCCUGCUUCCCCCCAUCCCCUUCCGUGUUUCCCCCCAUCCCCUUCCCUGCUUCAGCCCAUCCCCUUCCCUGCUUCAGCCCAUCCCCUUCCCUGCUUCCUCCCGUCCCCUCCCCUGCUUCCCCCCAUCCCCUUCCGUGCUUCCCCCCAUCCCCUUCCGUGCUUCCCCCAUCCCCUUCCGUGCUUCCCCCCAUCCCCUUCCGUGCUUCCCCCCAUCCCCUUCCCUGCUUCAGCCCAUCCCCUUCCCUGCUUCCUCCCGUCCCCUCCCCUGCUUCCCCCCAUCCCCUUCCGUGCUUCCCCCCAUCCCUUUCCGUGCUUCCCCUCAUAUUUCCCAUGCGCGACACCCUUGAUCUCUGGGAAAAUGCCCGUCGCAAGUGCGGGCGCUGCGCGUCGGCCAACCUUUCUCAUUCUGUUCUGCCCACCCUCUCCCGUUCCGUUCUGCCUCCAUCUCUCAUUCCUUCGCACUUUCCCUCAUUCCUUCCCACCCUCUCUCAUUCCGUACCACCGUAACUCAUUUCGUCCCACCCUCUCUCUUUCCUUCCCACCCUCUCAUUCCUUCCCACCUUCUGACAUUCCUUCCUACCCUCAUGCUCCCAUUCUUCCCUCUCCCUCCUCCCUCACUCUCUUUCUCUCCUUGCACCCGCACUCUCUCUCUCCUUCCUCUUGCACUCUCACUCUCCUUCCUCCUGCACUCUCACUCUCCUUCCUCCUGCACUCUCUCCCUCCGUCCUCUCGCACUCUCACUCUCCUUCCCACCACCCUCAGCCCUCCUUCCCCACCCUCUGCCCUAAUGGCAUGGGAUGAUGGGCCUUUGAGCGAGUUGCAGUACCAGAAAAAUCAUCAGUGUAGUCACUGCAAUAGCCAGGGAGAGGGAGAGAAUACGAGCGAUGGGAAGGGGAAAGCAGGGAAAGAGGGGGAAGAGGGAAGCAGGGGAGAAGGGAAAGGGGGAGAUAGGACGAUGUGA